ACUGUCACACUGGUCGAUACAUAGGUAACAAUUGGUGACAAACAUGUUGGUUAAACAUAUUGUCAAGCAGGGUCUGCUGUUCAGAAAUGCUGGUGCCAUGUCGCGUGCCGCUUACCAUAGCGGUGGACACCACCAUCAUUCCACCAUGAACGACUUGCCCGUGCCAGCCGGUGACUGGAAGGAGCAGUACUCUCGCAACAACUCCAAAUACAAUGCCGCCCUCAUCACCGGAAUUCUGGUGUUCGCCGGCACAAUUGGAUUCAUUAAGUCGUCGGGCUUGGUGCAUUUGAACUACAGCCCACCCAGAGACUUGGAUUAGGUCCAGAGAGCUCUAGAUUCACGUACAUUGCAGAUAUAAAUUUAUAUAUGUGUGUUAAAUAAGCUUAAAGUGGCGAAAUAGUAAAUCACAAACCUAAACACUGUU